CUAGGGUUCCUUCGAAAUUGUGUGUAACGGAAUUUAUGAUUAUUUUUUAGUGAGAUAAAACAACAAAAAACCAUUAAUACCAUUUUCAAAAUUUUGUUGAAGUGAAAAUAUAUGGUAAAUACCAAAAAACCGGUAACUAAAUUUGGCUCAAAGUCUUUCAGUACUUUCUUACAAAAAUAUUUCAGUCAUAAUGUACAUAUAUCAAUUUUGUAUCUUUCUAAUUCACAAUCUUAAAACAAAAAAUUUAUUAUCCUCUUAAUUACUAAAAUAUUUUCCAUAAAACUACCUUUGUAGGAUUAUUUUUUGUUCAUCAGUUAUGUUUUUCAUCUAACUACAUUUUAAGCAUAACUAUAAUAAACAAUCAUUAAAUAAUUUUCCGUCUUUAUAUUUUCGCUUAUUUGAUAACAAAAUAUUUAAUGAGUAGAACAGUUAUGAUCCCUCGAGUCAAUCCAAAACCCCCCACCGUCCCCUUAUAUAACCAACCAGUGUUAAUAAACUAAGAAAAUAAAGUACAAAAUUAUCCAAAAGUAAAUUCAUCGUUUUUUAGAAAAAAAAUCCAUCGUGUUUCAUUUUUGGAAAAAAUGAGUUUACUUGGUUAAGAAAUUACCACUCACUAAUAGGCCUACAGAAAGAGAGAUAAAAAACCAAAUAUUUCUGAUUAUUUGAGUUGUGAAAUUGGUACAGGAAAAUCCAUAUCAAUUGAUUUUUAAAUCUAAUAAUCAGAAAAUACAAUUGACUGAAGAAACAAUAAAAGCCAAAUCCAUUCCAAGGGGUGUUUCUAAUCCGAAUUACGUAGUUUGAAAUAAAAAAAUGAAACGAACGUAGACAUAAUACCAUAUUCAACUUAUUGAAGAAACGAUAAAUAAAUCUCCUUACCUUUUGACAAAUACGUACAAUAUUCAUUGUUUUGCUAUUUUUUGUAUUUUUCUCUGUAGUUACGUUUUAUUCCCCAUUAAAUUAUGAAUGAUGCACACCGAAGAGUUGGUAAAGGGGCUUAUAUAUAACGUGAGAGUAGCUAUGUUAUUCUCAUUUAACCUAUAUAGAUCAACCCUAGCUAAGAACUCUCUCUCUCUCUCUAUAUAUAUAUACCUCUCUCAUAAUCAUCAUAUCACCAAUAUCAUCAUGUCCUCCUCAAACAAAAACUGGCCUAGCAUGUUCAAAUCCAAACCCUGCAACAAACAUCAUCAUCGUGACAUGGAGACUCCAUCUAGCAUGCCCUAUUCUAAUUGCAACACACCUUCUCCUUUUUCCUCAGAUCGUGUACCGGAUCCUAAACCGAGAUGGAAUCCUAAACCGGAGCAGAUUCGGAUACUCGAAUCAAUAUUCAAUUCGGGUAUUGUUAAUCCACCUAGAGAAGAGAUUCAAAGGAUCCGAACUCGACUUCAGGAAUACGGUCAGAUCGGAGACGCAAAUGUUUUUUACUGGUUUCAGAACCGGAAAUCACGGGCAAAACAUAAGCUACGUGUUCUUAAAAAAAACCCUAAAAUGCUCGGUUGUAACCCUAGCAAGACCAGGAAGGAAAAAAUCAUUACUCCUAAUGAUAAUCCUACUGAUCCUUGUUUUGGUUUGGUUAACCAUGAAACCGGUUUAUUUCCGGGUCAAAACAAUGAGUUGGUGAUAACUGAACCGGCUAGUUUUUUAUAUCCGGAUGAUAAUAAUCCAAGCUUGACCCAAUCAGGGUUUGGUUUUGGUGGUUUUGUUGUGCCGGUGGUAGCUGAGGAGAGGUUGGAGUUAGCCGGCACUAGUAACGGCCUUAAUAUGAAUAUUCCGGAGAUCGACUUUGGCGGCGGUGAAAAUGGUUAUUUCCCUAAUUCGGUUCCUGUUACUGUUCCAUUAACCAUCAAUCAAUCACAAGUAUCAUCCGGUGGUGGAGAUAUCGGAGAUUAUGUUUCUCCAGUGAGGUUGACGGUGUUCAUCAACGACAUGCCUUUCGAUGUGGCGGCAGGACUAUUCAACGUCAAAGAGGCUUUUGGAAACAACGCUAUGUUGAUAAACUCGUUUGGGCAGCCUAUUCUCACAGACGAAUUUGGAGUUACUUUUCAACCUCUCCAAAACGGUGCUGUUUAUUAUCUUCUUUAAAAAUGAAGAUCGAAGAUCUGGGGUUUAAGGACGAAUAUCUAAUAUAAUAAGGAGAUGUCUUCAAUUUUAUUUGGUUACCUUGUGUUUUCAAGACUUUGAAAAAGAUUUAAUUAAAAAUUGGAACUUAGUUACAGCUUUUAAUGUUUGUUCCCAAUGUUAUCCAGUCAAUGUCAGUUGUGCAUUUCUAGUUUAUUUUGUUCUCGGAAUUUCUUAUUUGGUAUGCUAUUGUAAUGUAACGUAUAUUAAUUAUUAAUGGGGAAAAAUAUGAGAUGAGGACGA